CGCUAUUCUGUUACUUUUCUUGUAACCAUACACAACAUAAGAUAUGGCUUUAUUAGUCCCACAAGGGGACAUUUUUUUCGGUUCGUCAAACACAAAAUUAUCCAAACACUGUAUUUCAUAAAUCAAAUUUCAUAAAUUAAAAAUACUAAUAUUAUGGCACAGUUGUAUACUUUUUGUUCGGCGAAUGAAUGAUGAAGUGAGUGAAGUGGCUAUUUUUCGGUCUUACUCUGUGUCAGUGAACGCACCAUGUCACUAGCCGAUAGCCUAGCCUGCUAAUUUGGCUAAUCUGAUUUAUCGUCUCGGCUGAGAGCACGUACCGUCGGCGAGGAUUAACACUUUUAUUCCCCCCAUAGUUAUAGAUUCGGGCCGCUUUCGCCUGACUCCAAACAGCGUCUCGUUGAGAGAAUGGCGUCGCUUGGGGAGCCUGUGCGUUUGGAGAGAGAUAUUAAUAGAGCCAUCGAACUGCUUGACAAGCUCCAGAGGACGGGGGAAGUUCCUCCCCAGAAGCUGCAAGCCCUGCAGAGGGUCUUACAGAGUGAAUUCUGUAACGCCGUCAGAGAAGUGUACGAGCACGUGUACGAGACCGUGGACAUUAACAGCAGUCCUGAAGUCAGAGCCAACGCCACAGCAAAGGCCACCGUAGCAGCGUUUGCAGCCAGCGAAGGACAUUCUCACCCGCGUGUGGUGGAACUACCCAAAACAGAAGAAGGCCUGGGGUUCAACAUCAUGGGCGGAAAGGAGCAAAACUCUCCCAUUUACAUUUCACGGAUCAUCCCGGCUGGCAUUGCCGACCGACACGGCGGCCUGAAGAGGGGCGAUCAGCUGCUCUCCGUCAACGGCGUGAGCGUGGAAGGCGAGCACCACGAGAAAGCCGUGGAACUCCUCAAAGCAGCUCAGGGCACGGUGAAGCUGGUCGUGAGGUACACCCCCAAAGUCCUCGAGGAAAUGGAGUCACGUUUCGAGAAAAUGAGGUCGGCGAAACGUCGGCAGCAGAACAACUAUCCCCAGUAGGGUUGUUUUUUUUUUUUUUUUUUUCAUGUCGACGCCAGCGCUCUCUCUUAUGACUCUCCUCCUCCUGCAGCCUUCAGGCCAUCUGUUCUGGUCUCUUUUUUCUAUAUUCUCACUCGAAAAAAAAAUACAUUUUAAACUACACGCACACAUAGUUUUAGUACAGACACACAUACUGUAUGUUGUACUUUUACUUUGUUCCGCAGAUUUUUUAAUUAGUUAAUUAGUUAACUGUUGAUCGAAGCACAUAACGCCGCCAUUCCGCCGUUGUCCACGUGAAACCCUUUUCUUCCACCAUCUGAGCUGUCUGCUUUUUAUAACCGUGAUGCGUUCACUUGCUUGUUCGUGGUGCGUUUUUCUACAAGGAAAAGGUGUUUGCAAGCUCCUUCCACGAUGCUGGGGUUCUUGGUCUCCAACGGCUGGUUGGCACUACUUUUGAAAUAGUACAAAAAAAAAAAAACACAUUCACACGCAUACGGUGUAUACUCGUUCAAAUUAAGGAAACUUUAUUUUUUUGUAUUUGUGGGGAAAAGAAGCCAUUUUGUUAUUCUAAUCGCCAUAAUUAGGCCUCAUUUUACCCGGAAAUUGGUCAAGCUUAAACCUCCACGCAGAGUAGAUAUUUACACCCUCGCUCACAUAUCACAAACCGACAGGAACUUAUCAACCUAAAUGCCUACCUCACUCACGGUGCAACACAAGUUGGGGAAAAAAAACCCACAAAAAACAAGUAAUACAUAUAGAACACGCAAUGUAACUGUCGAAGGAGGCUUGUACACUAAUAUCCAUGCAAAGCAAUACUCACGGUGCAACAAAUAAAAAAAAACAUGUAAUGCGCGUAGAACACACAAUACAACUUCAUUACACGGACAAUGCAGACUAAUAUACUCACGGUGCAACAAAAAUGAAAAAAAAAAACCACAUGUAGUAUGCGGGUUUGUACACUCAUAUCCCUGAAAAGCAAUACUAGUGUAUAGUCACGGUGCAACAAAAAUAAAAUAAAAAUAAGUAAUGCGUGUAGAACACACAAUACAACUUCAUUACACGGACAAUGCAGACUAAUAUACUCACGGUGCAACAAUAAUGAAAAAAAAAACACAUGUAGUAUGCGGGUUUGUACACUCACAUCCCUGAAAAGCAAUACUAGUUUAUAGUCACGGUGCAACAAAAAUAAAAUAAAAACAAUUUUACGGCGUGUAGAACACACAAUACAACUUCAUUACACGGACAAUGCAGACUAACAUACUCACGGUGCAACAAAAAUGAAAAAAAAAAAACACAUGUAGUAUGCGGGUUUGUACACUCAUAUCCCUGAAAAGCAAUACUAGUGUAUAGUCACGGUGCAACAAAACUAAAAUAAAAACAAGUAACGCGUGUAGAACACACAAUAUAACUGCGCGACAUGGACGAUGCAGGCUUUGAAAGGCUUGUACACUAAUAUACAUGCAAAACAGUACUAUUUUAUACUCACGGUGCAACAAACCAAAAAAAAAAAUCCAAGUGACACAUGUAGAACACACAAUGUAACUGUACCACACGGGAUGUCCGGAUUUUCAAAGAGGCUUAUACACUAAUAUAGAUGCAAAACGGUACUUUUUUAUACUCACGGUGCAACAAAACAAAAAAAAAAUCCAAGUAACACAUGUAGAACACACAAUGUAACUGUACCACACACAUUGUCCGUGUUUUAAAGAGGCUUGUACACUAAUAUAUACAUGCAAAACAGUACAAUUUUAUACUCACGGUGCAACAAAACAAAAAACAAAAAUCCAAGUAACACAUGUAGAACACACAAUGUAACUGUACCACACACAUUGUCCGUGUUUUAAAGAGGCCUGUACACUAAUAUACAUGCAAAACAGUACUAUUUUAUACUCACGGUGCAACAAACUAAAAAAAAAAAAAAAUCCAAGUGACACAUGUAGAACACACAAUGUAACUGUACCACACGGGCUGACGGACUGUCCAGAUUUUCAAAGAGGCUUAUACACAAAUAUAGAUGCAAAACGGGACUAUUUUAUACUCACGGUGCAACAAACCCAAAAAAAAAAAUCCAAGUAACACAUGUAGAACACACAAUGUAACUGUACCACACGGGCUGACGCACUGUCCGGAUUUUCAAAGAGGCUUAUACACUAAUAUACAUGCAAAACAGUACCACUUUAUACUCACGGUGCAACAAACCAAAAAAAAAAAUCCAAGUCACACAUGUUGAACACACAAUGUAACUGUACCACACAGGCUGUCUGGGAUUUCAAAGAGGCUUAUACACUAAUAUAGAUGAAAAACAGUACUACUUUAUACUCACGGUGCAACAAACAACAACAAAUGUAACUGUACCACACACUAUGCAGGUUUUGAAAAAGGGCUUGCAUACUAAUAUUCAUGUAAAACAAUACUAUUUUAUGGACUAUAUUAUAACCCGUAAGGCGCACUUCCUCAACUGGAAGUUGACCCAGCAUGCCUUGAGGGAUUCAUAUACCGUAUUAGCAUAAAAUAGUACGACGUUUGCCCCCUUUCUGAUACGACACUAAUAUUGCAGCUUUGUGUAUCUGUUGAUAUCGAAUUCCGGAAUCCGUAUCCGUAUCCGUAUCCGAUAUCAAUAUGGUAAAAUAGUACUGUUUUGCUUGCACACGUGUUAUGUUGCCAUUUAUUUUGAUACCCGCACUUAUCGUUUUUUGGUUGCACCGUGACUGAGGGCGGCUUCCUGUUAGCUUGAGUGUCCGUUUUAGACCAAGGGGUGGGCAAACUACGGCCCGGGGGCCACAUCCGGCCCGCCAAGUGUUUGAAUACGGCCCGCCCAAUCUUUCCAAAGUAUUUCAUUUAAACUCAACAUGGCCUGAGCCAACCUUUUGAUGGUUGUAUCAAUUUCGUUGUUUGACAUGGUCUGUUGUUUACAAAGUGCUCCUGAAAAAAGAGACACAAGCACAUAAUAAUAAUAAUAAAAAUUAAAAUAAUUAUUAUUAUAUUAUUAUUAUUAUAACUAUUAUGAUUAUUAUAGGGGCGGCACGGUCUAGGAGACCAGGGUUCAAUCCCACCCUCGGGCAUCUCUGUGUGGAGUUUGCAUGUUCUCCCCGUGCAUGCGUGGGUUUUCUCCGGGUACUCCGGUUUCCUCCCACAUUCCAAAAACAUGCUAGGUUAAUUAGCGACUCCAAAUUGUCCAUAGGUAUGAAUGUGAGUGUGAAUGGUUGUUUGUCUAUAUGUGCCCUGUGAUUGGCUGGCGCCCAAAAGACAGCUGGGAUAGGCUCCAGCACCCCCCGCGACCCUCGUGAGGAAAAGCGGUAGAAAAUGAAUGAAUGAAAUGGAUUAUUAUAUUUAUUAUAUUAAUGCUAAUUAUUAUAUUAAUUAUAUAUAAUAAUAUUGUUAUAUUUGCAUAUUUUACAUAAUAAUAAUAUAAUAAUAAUUAUUUUAAUUUCAUUGUAAUUAUUAUAAUAUUUUAUUAUUUUUAAAAUAUUUAAAUAUAAAUAUAAAAUAAUAAAUAAUAAUAGCAGAUUGCAUGACAAUUUUACAGAUACAAUAAUACCAGGUGGACUGUUACGUGUAAAAUAUAUAGUCUGCCCCCCCCCCCCCUGGUUUAGACAAACAGCAGGGAUGUUACCGUACCAGUUGCAACGAUACGCCCUCCGCCAAGCACAAAAAAAAACAUCCAAGAAUUCACUUCAUGCUUAACAUCCGCAGUAGCAGUAGCAUUGUUUGUUUACACUUCCUACGCGGGGGGGGGCAAAAAAAACGAAAGCGUUUCAUAAUUUCGGUGAUUUUAACAGGCGCGCAGCAUUUCACGGUGACGCCGUUCACAACAAGUACGUAUCAAAAGCAAUAGCUUUACGCUCGGGAUCACGGGACGCUUCAUUUACGGUUUUGGAGGGGUGUCCAAUGUUGUGGGAAUAACGUCAUAAUAUUACAAAAGUCGCAAAGGUGAAAUAUAUUAACUUAGCAUAUAGUUACUGAAACAUUUGGACACCCCUGAAUAUACGCUUCUGUGUACUAUAAUACUUAGACCCCUCCCCUAACUCCCCCCCCCCCUCUCUACAUGACAUGGAAUGUCUCAUUAUAAUUAUCAAAGACAAAAAUGCGACGUACUGCAGAGCAUAAUUGUCACCAACCGGACAAAUGUAUACUCGGCGUAAACACAAAAUAUUAACAACACAAAGAAACUAUGCAAAAUAUUUCAAAACAACCGGAGGGGGGGUUGCGACCCCCCCCUCCCCCUUUGCUGCAAAACCGAUUGUUUUAACGAAGAAUGUCAAUUUAGAAUGCGCGGAGUUGAUUGUACACAAUUAAAUCCGAGGAACUUUCACUUCUAACCUAAAUAAAUGAGCUGCAUUCUCGGCAACAACACGGCGUAUCGUACUUAUUUGUCUUAUUUGUACAUACAUACACUUUUGGAAUAUACUAAUAUAUUUUUAGUUUAGCAACAUGUUAGAUUCCCCCCCCUCGCUCACAUGCUUUGUAACACACGCUGAAUGUCACCGACCAGGUUGCAAAAGUCUUCAUGUUGGAAUGGUUAAUAGAGUAUUUUUUAUAAUAGUUUUUUUUUGUUUUUUUUGUUUUUGAAUUUUUCUCAAUUUUUCUAAGUGUUUUUUGCUAAGAAAAAUAAAAGUCCUUGUGGGUUUGGGUGUUAGGACUCGGCAGACAAACUUUGCCGACAUCUCCGCACCUCCUCCGAGACCAAACCUUGCAGCGUCUUUGAAGCUUUUGAUAAUAUUUUAAAAACUAUUUUAGUCCGUGCUCGUUAUGUUGCUUUUUUUGUGUAGAUUGUGCUGUUUUUGUUUUUGUGUUCUUAUUUUACUGUGUUGUGUUCUUGUGGAAUGUAGUAAGUAAUAAAAGUGGAAAGUAAAUAAAUUUCAUUUUGAGUCUCA